CUGGCUGCCCUCACAUUCAGCACUUUAGCAGGCUACACUGGGACUGAGUUGCUCCGAAUCCGAGCCAUUUUCUCCUGCUUCAUGAUAAACAGUGAGCUUAUUGGGAUCUGGAUCCAAGCUUGCCGGUGGCUUCGAUAGAUCCUUGUGGAUGCGCUUCUGCUAUUGCCACUGCUGUUGUCUUUUGCUGUUUGUGUGAGGCGACGAUGCAGCCACAUGCGGGCGCUGACUAGAUGGGGAUGGCCGCAUGUUUGCGGCCUUGGUGGGUUUAGUUGGUUCACGUGGUUGUGUUGUGGUGUUGUCAUUGUUGGUGAUGUUAAGUGCGGUUGAGUGGUCGACCAUAGUCGAGCCGUCCUGCGGCUUGGUUCCUCGCUGUGAUGUGAGCGUUGACACCUGUCGAUUUCAUAUUACAUUGCAUCUCUUUUAGGGUUUUGCAUCCGUGAAUUAAGUCCAGUGGUCCAAUGUGUUUUGCGGUGAAUAUUUGUGCUCAGGGUUAGGGUUUGCCGGACAAAUUUAAGCAUAUUUAAGCUGAGGCAUAUCAACCUAUGUGAUCUCUUCGAAAAAACGGACUUUGUGCUCAUAGCUCCUUUGUAUAUCUUCUAUAUUGAUGUGAUUGGAAGAGCUAGUCCUUUGCUGCCAUCUAGUAGACAUUUUUACAUCUGUAGGUUUAGGAUAAACGUAGUUGCAUUUUUAGCGUAUAGCUGUAUCACUUAAUUAUAGUCUGUGCGUGGUCGGUCUUUGAUAUGUCCCACAUGAAUAUGCAAUAGAGAUGACAUAGGUUGAUAUGCUUCAGCUUAAAUAUGCUUACUCUUUUCACUAUAUAUACGCUUAAAUCUGUGCAAAUGUACCUUGUUGUUUUACUUAUAUUUUGUUGGGUGUCCGAUAUAGGUUAUUUGAUAUGUCUAAGGGUCGAGCUUAACCUUUUCAGCAGGAGUUGGAUCUUAAAGUAAUGAAACAAAAUGCUCCUCAAAAGCAAAUUUAAGUUGGCCACCGCCAUCGGCAUCAUGCUGUCGAUGCUAUCACUGCUUGUGCACCUUUUUCUUGCAAAUUAUUCUGCUGGGGGUAUCACAAAGUACAGCAUGCAUAUGGAUGAUGCCCUUCCAUUUGGAUCGAGGCCUUGGCCACGGAGAUUGUGGGGUCCAUUGAGUACACUUGAUCACCUACAUCCUUUUUCGAAAUCUAGAGAACCCUACGCUGCUCCUACUAAGAAUAAUGGUUUUAUUUAUGCAAAAAUAUAUGGUGGCUUUGAGAAGAUACAGUCUUCGAUCUGUGAUCUUGUUGCCGUUGCCAGGCUCUUAAAUGCCACUUUGGUUAUUCCUGAGAUACAAGCAACAACUCGUGCAAAAGGCAUCAGUCCAAAGUUCAAAAGCUUUUCUUAUCUAUAUGAUGAAGAGCAUUUCAUAACUGCACUUUCCAACGAUGUGGCUAUUGUGCAUGGCUUGCCAAAGGAUCUCAAGGAGGCCAGAAAAAAGUUCAAAUUUUCCACAGUAUCUCCUAGGAAUUCUGCCACUCCAGAAUACUACAUCACAGAAGUCUUACCCAGACUUGUAAAGUCGAAAGUUAUUGGUAUAAUCGUUAAUGGAGGUAAAUGUCUCCAGUCAGUUCUCCCUGCAAGCUUGGAGGAAUUUCAGAGGCUUAGGUGUAGGGUAGCUUUCCAUGCUCUCAAGUUCCGCCCCCAAAUUCGGGCUCUUGGGAGCCAAAUAACCGGAAGGUUGCGAGCAUCUGGCCGUCCAUAUCUGGCCUAUCACCCAGGACUGCUAAGAGAUACUCUAGCUUUUCAUGGUUGCGCUGAACUGUUUCAGGAUAUUCAUACAGAACUUAUUCAGUAUAGAAGGAACCAGAUGAUCAAACGAGGAACUGUAAAGGAACAGCUAGCAGUUGAUUCAGUGUCCAGAAAGGUGGGUGGUUCGUGUCCACUCAUGCCAGAAGAGGUUGGACUUCUACUUCAAGCAUUAGGUUACCCGCCAACUACGACAAUAUUCUUGGCUGGUUCUGAAACUUUUGGUGGGCAGAGAAUGCUUAUUCCUCUACGAGCUAUGUAUGCUAACCUAGUUGACCGCACUUCAUUAUGUAGUCAGAGGGAGCUAUCUGAUUUAGUUGGGCCAGAAGGCCUCCUUGCCUCAGAUAUGUCACAUCCUCCCCCUCCCAAAAGCGAGAAAAAACUCAUUGAAGAAUGGAAGAGAGUAGGGCCACGUCCAAGGCCCCUGCCCCCACCUCCGGCAAGGCCAUUCUAUGCCCAUGAGAAGGAAGGCUGGUAUGGUUGGAUUGGUGAGAACGACACAGAACCAGAUCCUUCACCCAUUGAAUUCAGGAGGCAAGCACACCGGUUGCUCUGGGAUGCACUUGAUUAUCUUGUUUCUGUUGAAGCUGAUGCAUUCUUCCCUGGGUUUCACAAUGAUGGGAGUGGUUGGCCGGACUACUCAAGUUUGAUCAUGGGGCACAGGUUAUACCAAACUCCAUCUGGUAUAACCUAUAGGCCUGACAGAAAGGUUGUUGCUGCACUGUUUGAAAACGUUAGUGAUCAUCGGUAUCACCCACCACGGAAUUGGACAAUUGCUGCACGUGAGCACCUCAAUAAGAGUGCAAAUGUGGAAGGCUUCAUAUCAUCAGCUAUGUUGUCGAAACCUGUAUCAUUUCUCAGCCACCCGUUGUCAGAGUGCUCUUGCAGAACAACAAAAUCAGCGGCUGUUCAACCGGUGAAAGAUAGCCAUGGCAGACUCCUAUUUGGAGGUGAGGAAGAAUGUCCUGAUUGGAUGGCGCGCAGCUUGGCAACGGUGUCCACCAAGAAUAAUGAACCUCAGAACGAGGAUUAUGAGGGUGAGUUACCUGAAGAUGACUCUAGCCCAGACAAGCAGCAGGAAUCUGACAGAAGUGACACAAAUAAAUCCUCAGAGCAAGACGAGGAGAUGGAUCCAGAUGAUUAAAAUGAUGUGGAGCAUGGAUGUAUGGCACACCUUUUAACCGCUAUCAGCUCCAGGUUACUGGAGCAGUAGAAGCAUACACUGAAAUGAUCCACUGGACCAGCGGGUUUCAUCUUGCAGCAACGCAUCGGCAUCUGGCAUAUUGCAGGGACAGCAAGAUCGUCGAUGUCAGGAGCUUGCGUGGAUUGUCCUUGGUAUACGACCAGACCUCGAUAGGGAAACUAACACUUGAUUCUUUUCUUCAACUCAUUUUUGUUUACAUUUUUUGUGGGUGUAGCCCAUAGGAAUUGUUUCUGUACAAAUGUCUACUAACAGGGAAUACAUUAUUUUUUUGGGUGAGUUUGGUCUCUAGCAUUUACGAGGGAAUCAGACUGGCUUCUGGCAUAUUGAUGUGCAUCAGUAAAAUAUAGAGUAGUUUCCCCCCACA